UCUCUCUCUCUCUCUCUGAAGUGAAGAGUGUGAGCUCUUUGUACGGAUUUCCUUAGGGUUAGGGUUUUUGCAUUUCUCGUUUUGGUUUUUGACCUCAUUUUGGGGUUUUGUCGAAGGGGAUUUGGGCCAUCCUCCAUUCAAUGCGACUAGUUGAAGGCCCGAAGUUUUUGUAGCUUCUUGUUCCACAACCGGCGGUGGAGUUGGUUGCCCUUUUAAUGCCCCCAUUUUGUUUAUCUAUUUAGUUGAAAUUGCUGUGAUUUUUCUUCAGUAAAUCUGUGUUUUUUUAGCUGUUUUGAGCUCCAACUUAUGCCUAAGUUUGGAUAUUUUUUUUUCUUGUCCUAAUCACUAUUCCGAGCUCAAGUAGUAUGGAAAGGAAAACGUGAGUAGGAUGUUCUUCAAAGAAGUAGAUGCUAGGGUUCUUAUUUGAAGUUUUGGUGUUUCUUUCAAGUGAUUUAAAAAAAAAAUAUGGGAGCUUUUUGGGGAUUUCAUGUGCUGUUGAUCUUUGUCAUGGUUGCCUCUGCUCAGCUCCCCUCUCAGGACAUCUUGGCUCUGUUAGAGUUCAAGAAGGGCAUCACAAGUGAUCCUAAAGGCUACAUCACUGACUCUUGGAAUGAAGAAUCGAUUGACUUCAAUGGUUGUCCAUCUUCUUGGAAUGGCAUUGUGUGUAGUGGUGGGAAUGUGGCUGGGGUUGUUCUUGAUAACCUUGGUUUGGUUGGUGUUGCUGAUCUUUCAGUUUUUGGGAACCUGUCUAUGCUCUUUAAGCUCUCCAUGGCCAAUAACUCUUUGUCCGGGAGCUUGCCUAACAAUUUGGCUGAGUUUAAGAGCUUGAAAUUCUUGGAUAUCUCUAACAAUAUGUUCUCUGGGGAAUUGCUGGUGGAUAUUGGGCAGCUCAAGAGCUUGCAGAAUCUGUCUUUGGCCGGAAAUAAUUUCACAGGGUCAUUGCCAGAUUCGAUUGGAAUGCUUGUUUCUAUCUUGUCUCUUGAUUUGAGCUACAACCAUCUGACUGGAUCAUUGCCUUUGGGAUUGAAGCAGCUUAGGAACUUGGUGUCUGUGAACUUGUCUUUCAAUAUGCUUACUAAGAAGAUACCGGAAGGAUUGGAAGUGAUUCCAAAUCUUGAAACACUAGAUUUGAGCUGGAAUCAGUUUGAUGGUGGCGUUGAUUGGAAUUUCUUGAUGGAAUCAAGCGUUGUUCAUGUUGAUCUUAGUGGGAAUUUACUGACCACUUCAAGCCCCAAGGAGCUGAAGUUUUUGUCAGAUAUCUCGGAUACUGUGAAGUAUUUGAACCUGAGCAAUAACCAAUUGAGUGGGUUGUUGAUUGAUGGAAGCCGGCUUUCUACUUUUGGGAAUUUGAAAGCGCUGGAUUUGAGCAAUAAUCAAUUGUCUGGAGAGCUGCCGGAGUUUGAAUAUGUCUAUGAUCUUGAGGUUCUCCGGCUUGGGAACAAUGCUUUUUCUGGGUUUCUACCUAAUGGACUUCUCAAAGGGGAUGCUCUUGUUCUUAGGGAAUUAGAUUUGAGUGCGAACAAUCUCUCAGGUCAAAUGAGUUGGAUCACAUCGACGACACUGCAAAUCCUCAAUCUCUCAUCUAAUGCAAUUUCUGGUGAUCUUCCUUUGCUAACUGGAAGCUGCAUUAUACUGGACCUAUCCAAAAACCAGUUUGAUGGAAAUUUAUCUGUGAUUGUGAAAUGGGGUGAUGAAAUUGAGUAUAUAGAUGUCAGUCAUAAUCAAUUAACAGGGCCUAUUCCAUAUUUGACCUCACAGUUGCCUUCAGGUGUUCAAUCUUCUACAGGGAAGUCCAAUCUUAAAGUGCUCAAACUAUCUGGCAAUCAUUUUAAUGGCAGUUUUCCAGAUGAUGUCGGCUCGUUGACUGCCAUGCAAAAUUUAGAUAUUUCUGCAAACAAUUUCUCUGGUUCCCUUCCAUCAACAAUUAGCAAACUCAGGUCACUUGGUGUCCUUGACAUAUCUCAAAACCUGUUCUCAGGCGCUUUGCCAUCAACUCUGCCCAACACACUCAUUUCCUUCAAUGCAUCUUACAAUGAUCUUUCUGGAGUCCUUCCACCUAACCUCAGGAAGUUUCCUGAGUCUUCUUUCCACCCUGGCAAUGCGAGGUUGGAGUUGCCCGGUGUCCCUCCAAGUAGUACGCCAAGUUCUACCAGCACUCCAGCAAAUCGUUCCAAUAAACCGAUCAAGACUUACAUCAAAGUAGCAGUGAUAGUGGCAUGUGUUGUUGGUGUGGUGAUUAUAAUUCUAUUAGCCAUUAUCCUGCAUUAUAGGAUGAUGUCACGGCAAUCUCGCUCUAAUAGCCUGACAGACAAAAAUGGCCAAAUGGCAUUGCCUGAUAUUUCAGGAGGUAAAGAGAGAGUAAGUGGAAGUGCUUUGAUGGUGUCGGGUGAUGACUUGAUAGCCGCAAGGAAGGGUACUUCCUCGGAAAUGAUGAUUCCAGAGGAAAAAUUAGCUGCAGGUUAUUCGCCUUCCAAGAACAGUCGUUUCUCAUGGUCCCCGGAUUCCGGUGAAGCUUUUGCAUCUGAAGGCCUGGGACGGUUGGACGUGAGAUCACCUGAUCGGUUGGCUGGGGAUCUAUACUUUCUAGACGAAACAAUCACUCUAACCCCUGAGGAGUUGUCAAGAGCUCCUGCAGAAGUAUUAGGGAGAAGUAGUCAUGGAACAUCUUACAGGGCAACGUUAGACAAUGGUGUAUUGUUGACGGUUAAGUGGCUGAGAGAAGGGGUGGCGAAGCAAAAGAAAGAGUUCCAAAGAGAAGUUAAGAAAUUUGCAAAUAUUAGGCAUCCUAAUGUGGUAGGGCUGCGCGGCUACUACUGGGGUCCAACUCAGCAUGAAAAACUAAUUUUAUCAGAUUAUAUAUCACCGGGAAGUCUUGCAAGUUUUCUAUAUGAUCGACCAGGAAGGAAAGGGCCACCAUUAACCUGGGCUCAACGUCUCAAGAUAGCUGUUGAUGUUGCCCGUGGCCUAAAUUAUCUCCAUUUCGACCGUGCUGUCCCUCACGGGAACCUUAAGGCUACCAACGUUUUGUUGGAUGGUCUUGAUCUCAAUGCUCGGGUUGCAGACUACUGUCUUUAUCGCCUAAUGACUCAAGCAGGAACCGUCGAGCAGAUACAUGAUGCAGGGGUACUUGGAUACCGGGCACCUGAGCUGGCUGCAUCAAAGAAGCCAUCACCAUCCUUUAAGUCGGACAUCUAUGCAUUCGGUGUGGUUCUUCUGGAGCUACUUACAGGUAGGUGUGCAGGUGAUGUUGUCUCUGGAGACGAAGGAGGAGUUGAUCUAACAGAUUGGGUGAGACUAAGAGUAGCAGAAGGUCGGGGUUCAGAAUGCUUCGACUCUGCCAUGGCCUCAGACAUUGCCAACCCAACGACAUCAAAGGGCAUGAAGGAGAUGUUGGGGAUAGCUUUGAGGUGUAUUCGUCCCGUGUCGGAAAGGCCAGGUAUCAAGUCUGUUUAUGAGGAUCUCUCAUCCAUAUGAACGCAUUGUGCAUGCUAAAUUUGUUGUAGAACUUUCGUUUGAGCUUAAGAAAAUGCAAAUGCCGGUCUCUUCUCGAGCCUAGCAUGCAUUUUUUUUUAGGGUUUAGAACUUUAGGUAUAUUCUCUGUCAGUGUCCUCACUAAAUUUGGUUGUUUAUGGUGUGAAAUUUGAUUGAAGCAUGUACAAUCUAAUGAUGGAUAUGCCAUAUCUGGAGAUACAGAUCUUGUUACUAUGAUGCCCAUCCUGUGACUGCUGCUGAGAGGACAAUUAAAAAAAAUAAUGAUUAUAUAUAAGUAGUGUUAGUAUU